UAUGCGUCCACGAGUAGGUAAUGCGGCUCAAGAUCAUCGAACCAGCCGUCAGUAGCGUAGCUAUCCGAUCUCGCGAUGCGUCGCGAUUCUUCCGUUUCGGAAUCGAACUGCAACUUGGAAAAGGUGUUAUAAGCUAGGAUAGGCGAGGAGAGGCGUGGCGAAGCUGGACGAUCGCUUAUCCGUUAUCGGACCGCGAUCACUAAAGCCUAAUCUAUCGGUAGCGGCGACUUUACCGCGGCACGCGUGUCAUUUCCGACAGAUAGAGCGAGCUGACGCGUAUCUAAGAAUAGUUGUUAAAAAAGCGGCGAAUAGACGGACGGCCGUUUUCGCGGAUAUACGAGCCAGCCGCCGAUCCGCGCUCGUCCGUUUUCGUUGAUUUGCUCGCGACAUACGCGCAACACCUCGGAUCAAUUCGAACCGGUCGCCGUGAAAGAGGAAAGUGGCUCGCGCGGAUCGCGAGCAGGAAAAUGGACGCGUGGAAACGAACCUCAAACUGUCCUGCCCGCAAGGUCCUGCUCGGUAUCGUGACAGUGGCAAACGAAGCCUCGUCGUUCGAGUCGAAGAGGAGGUGAAAAAGGAAAAGAAGAAGAAGAGAGCGUACACAUAGAUGGGUACCAAGUGGAUCGUCGCGUUGACGAUCGCGUGGCUAACGUUUCCGGUGUACGGGAGAACGACUUGUCGCGAGGUACAAUUGGCCCGUGACUGCGAGGCCCUGUGCAAGAGAAGCCGGAACGGGCCGAUUUCCUGCGAGCUCAGGGUGGCCGUUCUACUGCCGGCCGAUCCAAGCUUCGAUAUUUCCUUGCCAAAGGUUCUUCCGGUUCUCGACUUGGCUGUCUACCACGCUAGAUCGCGAGGGCUACUACCACGCUGGUUGAAACUAAAGUUUCUUUCGCAGGACGAUCACUGCGACGCGAUGUACGCUCAGAUCGGCGCGAUCGAUAGCUUUUCCAAUUGCGUUCACCUUUUUCUCGGACCCGCCUGCGAUUACUGCGUAGCUGCCGUUGGCAGGGUGGUGAAGUUUUUCGGCGCCCCGUUGAUCACCACCGGGGGAUUCACCUUCGAUUUUACCGAGAAGAAGACCGAGUGCAAAGACGAAUACUUUAUGACCACUAGAAUCGGAAACGUGGCUUUCAGGGAUCUCGCCAAAUUUAUCGUUGCCUUGAUGGAUCGUCACGAAUGGCGAAAGGUGCAUCUAGUGUACGCGACGAACGGGCAAAGUCAGGUGGCCGGCAGACACACCUGUCAGCUGAUGAUGAAGUCGAUGGUGGAGUUUAUCAAGAAGCAGCCAAACUUUACGUUCGGUACGUUCGACCUGGAGACGACAGUGGGCGAUGAUUACGAGGAAGCGUUGCGGACUCACGUCGGCAACUGGUACGGUGUCGUAGUGAUGUGCGCCAAUUCGACGACGAUCAGGGAAAUUUUACUGGCCGCCGAACAACUCGGGAUGGUGGAUUCCGGGGAGUACGUGUUCUUCUCGAUCGAGCUAUCGUCCAGCGACAACAACUCGGAGGAACCGUGGAGAGUGGAAACCGAUACGGAGGAGAAAAACGAGAAGGCGCGAAAAGCCUACCAGGCGUUGUUAACGGUGACCGCGCGAACUCCCGAUAAUAUCGAGUACUUGAACUUUUCGAGGGAAGUGAAAUCACUGGCCCAGAGCAACUACAAUUUCACCUUCGGAAACAGUUCGGUCUCGACGUUUGUCACCGCUUUUUACGACGCUGUCCUCCUUUACGCCCUUGCGCUUAAGGAGAGCUUGCCGGCAUAUCCGGGAAAAAUUAAUUUAGACGGCGGUGAUCUCACCCGAAGGAUGUGGGGAAGAAGUUUCAAAGGUAUAACGGGUGACGUGAAUAUCGACGAGAACGGCGAUCGAAUAGCGGACUACUCUCUUCUCGACAUGAAUCCUGAAACAUCGAGGUUCGAGAUCGUCGCUAAUUAUUACGGCGCCAAUAAAACGCUCGAGUAUAUCCCUGGGAAAAGGAUUCACUGGUCCGGUGGUCGAAAGGAACCACCGCCGGAUACACCCACCUGCGGCUUCGACGGCUCCUUGUGUCCCGAUAAUUCUCUUCCAGGACACGCGAUUCUCUCGAUGGUCCUCAGCUCGAUCGUCGUCGUCCUCGCAAUCGUUUCGGUUUUUAUCUACAGACACUUUAAGCUCGAAGCGGAAAUAGCUUCGAUGACCUGGAAGGUGCACUGGAACGAUAUUAUCGUGAUGCCGAACGCGAAAACGAGAGGUUCCAUGUACUCGUUGAUGGCGAACAAGAUGCGCGGUAGCCAACUGACCAUCUAUUCGGUGGAUAACGCCAGUUUUGGGGCCGAACUGGACAGAACCGUCUACGUUCCAACGGGGAUAUACAAGAACUCCAAGGUUGCCAUAAAACUGAUACCGAAGGACAAGGUGGAAAUCUCGCGGCCUCUGUUGCUCGAACUGAAGAGGAUGAAGGACCUUCAGCACGAUCAUCUGGUGCGGUUCUACGGUGCUUGCGUCGAGCCCCCGCACUGUUGCCUCUUGACCGAAUACUGCCCCAAGGGUUCUCUUCAGGACAUCUUGGAGAACCAACAGAUCAAACUGGAUCGCGUGUUUCGAGGAUCUCUGAUACACGAUAUCGUUCGAGGGAUGGGGUAUCUUCACGCGUCCGAACUAAAGAGCCACGGCAAUUUAAAAUCCUCCAACUGUGUGGUCGAUUCGCGAUUCGUUCUCAAGAUCGCCGAUUUUGGAUUGCACGAACUGAGGAAGCCUAAUCCCAUCGAAGCGGAAGCGGACAGGAACAGCUAUGCCUACUGGAGAAGACAGCUGUGGACGGCGCCGGAAUUGUUGCGAAUGGAAAGGCGACCACCGGAAGGUACUCAAAAGGGCGACGUGUACAGCUUCGGUAUAAUCGUCCACGAGAUCGUGGUACGAAAAGGACCAUUCUACUUGGGUGACGACCGCGACCUCUCACCGAACGAAAUCGUAGAAGGAGUGAAAAGGGGCGGUGGUUCCCCUUUGAGGCCAGCGAUCGACGAGUCCGCGGUCGAAGAAGAAGUGGCUACGUUGAUGAGGAGAUGCUGGGCACAAGACUCCGCGGACCGACCAGAUUUUCCCGCGCUCAAGCAGACUAUACGAAAAAUUAACAAAGACUACGAGAGCAGCAAUAUUCUGGACAAUUUACUCUCUCGUAUGGAACAAUACGCCACGAAUUUGGAGACUUUGGUGGAGGAACGUACCGCUGAUUACCUCGAAGAGAAACGCAAAUGCGAAGAGCUUCUUUAUCAAUUAUUGCCCAAGUCCGUCGCGUCUCAGCUGAUACUCGGUCAAAGCGUGAUUGCCGAAACUUACGAUCAAGUGACCAUCUACUUUAGCGAUAUAGUAGGAUUUACCAAACUAUCGGCCGAGAGCACUCCUCUUCAAGUGGUGGAUCUGCUUAACGAUCUCUACACGUGUUUCGACUCCAUUAUCGAAAAUUUUGACGUCUACAAGGUGGAGACGAUAGGUGACGCUUACAUGGUAGUGUCUGGAUUACCGGUGAGAAACGGAACGAAUCACGCGAGGGAAAUUGCCAGGAUGAGCUUAGCGUUAAGAGACACCGUGAUGACGUUCAGUAUAAGACACAGGCCGAACGAGCAACUUAAGCUUCGAAUUGGGAUGCAUUCCGGACCCUGCGUGGCUGGCGUAGUCGGCUUGAAGAUGCCAAGGUACUGUCUCUUCGGAGAUACCGUUAACACAGCCUCUAGAAUGGAGAGCAACGGUGAAGCUCUGAUGAUCCACGUCAGUCCAAAGACGAAGGAAAUCUUGGACACCUUUCGCACCUUCGAACUUGUUUGCAGAGGCGAGGUCACUCUGAAGGGUAAAGGCACGAUGACUACGUACUGGUUGAUGGGUGAGAAGCCAACCAACAAUAACGUUCAGCGAGCAAACGUUUCCUCGAUAACGACAUCGACAACGACGACGACAACGACGGCAGCAGCAACCAUGACAACGAUCGCGACGACGACGAAGCCGGAAGAUAAACGACCGUGCGAUAUGGCGCGGCAAAGCUGUCAGGAGCAGAAUACGAGUGUUCGAGUGCCGACAAAGAUUCCGGAACAGUCAGGAUCUCAGUCUAAUCAGCUUCGACGACAGUCGAUCGGUCCUCGCGACGUUCAAAUUCAGAGUCGUAAAGAAACGACCGACGACGGUGGCGGAGGCGGUGGUGGAGGUGGUGGCGGGGGUGGUAACAACGUAACUGGAAACGGAGCAACGAUUCGCUCUCGUUCGAUAUCUGGCAGCUCGACGGUAGACGUUUCGCCGUCUCGAAAUCGCGUUUCCGUCUCCGCCUCGGCGUCGUCGAACAGCGCGAUUUCGCAACCCCGUCGUUCCUAUCAAACGACCGCCGACAGUAUUCCGAAUCACACGGAGAGUGGACCAAACGCACCUCUGUUGGUACCCGCGGCACCACCCCCCCGAGUCUAGCUCCCUACCACUCACACAUUGUUCAUUCGUGAUUCCUGUAUCAUCGUCUCUCGUGUAGAAUAGCAGCGAAGCAACCUCUGAUCGGCCCGUGUCCGAUUGAAAUUUGGGUCCACUCGUUCGAAAGAAUGCCUCCUGCCUUUCGACGUAAAAUACACUGAUUCACGGAGAAGAGCUUAGUUGGGCGCCAACAACAAUAUUUCCUAUCCAUUGUCCAUAGGAAAGGGUGCGUCUGUUCGCGACCUACCUACCUACCUACCGUGUUCCCCAUAGCGUCGAUAAUUUUUCGAGGACCAGCGCUUUCACUAGAAUAACCGCGAAACUCCGAAACACCAGAUUUUAUACGCGUACGCGGAAACUGUUCGAAACUGAUAUCUGGUAGAACGAAAUGGAGGGAAGAAAAACUAUGAAGCAAACAGGAAAUGACACGAUGCGAGUAAAAUAUGUUGCGCGCACGCGUAUGAUUGCAUAACUCAACACAAAACGGGCUAUAUUCCUGUGUACCUAUACGCAUGGCACGUGCAUACACGAGCAGACGCAACACAGACAGACAAACACAUACGUAAUCGUAUACACUUAUAUUUAUAUUUAUGAAGAGUUAAAGUUAGAUAUCGGUGUGUAAAAGUAGAGGCGGGGCCUCGUCCGAAAAUCACGGCCGUAUCUAUAGCUUGACUAUUGGCUAUGCGCAAAAUGGUCGCAUGCUAGAGGUAUCAGGUACGCGUAUACGCGCGUGGUACACGCCGUAAAACGAAAGUACGAGAAUCGAGCACGACCCGCGUCCCGAAGAUCGAAUUUCUCUCUAUUCGUGUCAAUCUCUUUUAACGUUGUAACGAUCGAUAUUCCUAAAAUAAAAUUUCAUUGUUUCCAAACGUCAA